CCGCAAUCAAAAAGCAACUGAUCGUAAAAGUUUAAAGGGUGCAAGCAAAAAUGGUUAUAUUUCCGAAUUCAUCACCUAUGUUCUCCGACCUCUAUUAAGCGAUAUCAUCAAGCAUAACAUUAAAAUAAUUACUAAUGCUGGAGGUUUGGACCCUUUAGCAUGUAAAUUAGCAAUUGAUAGUUUAAUCAAAGAUCUAAACAUUGAAGAAGGCAAAGUAACUGUAGCUGCGGUUACUGGUGACGAUAUUUUAGAUCAAGCAAAUGAUAUCAGUGGUAAAAAAAAGGGAGAAAUAAUUGAAUUUACUCAUAUCCAAGGAAAUUCUGAGGAUGCUGAAUAUUUUCCAAGUGACGAAAAAGAAGUUAUUUCGCUUAACGCAUAUCUUGGUGCCAUUCCAAUUGUUAAAGCAUUGGAAUCAGGUGCUAAUAUUGUCGUAACUGGACGUUGUGUGGAUAGUGCGUUAGUGCUAGGACCACUGAUUCAUGAAUUUAUGUGGGAUCCCCAUAGUGAUUGGGAUUUGCUAGCUUCUGGAUCAUUAGCUGGGCAUAUUAUUGAAUGUGGUUGUCAAGCAACUGGUGGUAAUUUUACUGAUUGGGAACAAAGUGCUUUUUCACCUAGUGGUGGAUGGUAUAAUAUGGGAUAUCCGAUUAUCGAAUGUUUUGAAAAUG